AUGCACACGGAAGGCACUCUUCUGAUGCACAGCAUUAGGACUAUGGUAUAUAAAAGCAACCACAGUGUUUGCUCACAGCUCUCGGCUUUCACCUCAGCGACUGCCAAACAUGGUAAAGAUCAUUUUUUUUAUGAAGACAAGAGCUUCUGGGGCCACUGCUAUGAAUGUAGCAGUGACCACCUUGACCUGCAGUCCUAUGUGAAACAAUGCAAUUCCAUCCAGGUGGAAAAAGGCAGCUGGAUGGUUUCUGAGAAGCCCAGUUACUCAGGACACCAGUACUUUUUAAAAAGGGGAGACUAUUCUGACUUCCAGAAGUGGUUCAGUCUCUGCGACUCCAUCAGGUCUUGCCCUAAUUCUCUUUCCCACAAGAUUCAGCUCUAUGAAAAGGAGCUCCAAGGCCAAAUGUUGGGGUUCACUGACGAUUGCCCAUCAGUCCCAGGCUACAUCCAUCUCCCUGAGAUCUGCUCCCUCAAUGUUUUAGGUGGCUCUUGGAUCUUGUAUGAAAUGCCCAGCUUCAGGGGCCGACAGUAUUUACUGAAACCCAGGGAAUACAGAAGAGUUCUUGACUGGGGUGCAGUAAAUGCCAAAAUUGUCUCUUUGCAGAGGCUGACUGACUUGCACUGA